AUGUUCGCGCCUGAAGCUGCGCUUCUCACAUCAACAACCGAUACGUUUGGAGUUGGAGGGCGGGACAGUGAUAGCGAUAGCGAUGAAGGGUUCACACUCUUUCCUCCAAAAGCACGCUCCCAAUCCCAAUUGCAGCGCUUACCAGAAUGGAUUGCAGAUGCCAUCUCCCCUCUCUCCGAAUUCAUGAUCGACGUCGAUCCCCAAGAAUAUUUUGCAGACCUACAAGAAAUUGCAGAAGGUGAGAGCGGCUCCGUAUAUGCCGCCCGACUCGUCUGCCCCGUCCAAUCGCUCUCUCUAUCCUCUGGAACGACGCACGUAGCCAUAAAAUCCAUCGCAAUUCACCCAGCUGUAUCUCCAAAGUUCCAAGACCUGAGCCACGAGAUGGAGCUGAUGCGCGGGGUGCAUCAUGGGCAUGUAUUGCGCAUGGACGCGUUUUAUGUGAAUUUGGUGGAUGAUUCGGUGUGGAUACGAAUGGAGCUGAUGGAGAGGAGCUUAGCGGAUGUUGUGGGGCUUGUUGGGGAGGGGUUGUCGUUGCAGGAGAGGAUGAUUGCGAGAUUUGCUAGUGAUGUUCUACUUGCGCUCGAAUACCUCCAGAAACACCAUAUCGCCCACCGAGAUGUCCGUUCUGAUAACCUCCUUUUAAACGCGAGCGGAAUCGUAAAAGUUGCUGAUUUCUCGAAUGCUGUGCGUGUGACGAGAAAUUCUCCGAUGUGUGUUGGGGCUGUGGGCGUUAUCUACUGGCAGGCUCCAGAGAUGCGAGUUGGAGCGUAUAACGCGCUCAAAGUUGAUGUCUGGUCUCUAGGCGCAACAGUAUGGGAACUAGCACAGACAGAACCGCCCUUUGCAGACGUCCAAGACCCGCGACAAAUCGGUGUCCAGUGGCCGCCUCUGCGUCAACCAGAGCUUUACUCGCGCGGGUUCCACGAGUUUUUGAAGUUAUGCUCGAGGCCGUAUGCAUCGAGGCCGAAUGCUAAUGAGUUGGUGAACACGCCUUUCAUCCGCAACGCAUGCGGCCGAGCGGUGAAUGUCCAACUCUUAUCACAGUGUAGAGCUAUUGAAGAGCAUGUGUUACAAAGGGAGAGUGAGAGUGGGGGUGAGUCGUAA